AUGAGAACACAACCUUUGACGAUUUGUGAGAAAACAUUGAUUGUUGAAUCAUUGAGAGCUGGAAAGGUAAGGGUUUUAAUACAAAGCACUGGCAAAUGGAAAAUUACAGGAUAGGCCAAUAAAAACUGUUCAAGUUUCGGACAGGUUUUGAAGUUCGAAAAAAGUUCAGGAUCAACUAGAAAACCGGCCUGUUUUUGAUCACAAGGGCACUUUUUCAAUUCGAAAUUUUAAUCAUAAUAUAUGUUUUCCAAUUAAUUUUCGACCAGCUGAUUGCUAUUCCUUUGUCAAAAACUGCGAAGCCCAAUUUCUAGGUAUGACGUGGCAAAGUUGAAACUUUUUGAAAAAUCGAGACUUCAGGUUUUUGCUGACCUCCCAGUCCCAUUUUUCGAGAUGUUGAAACUUUGCCACGUCAUCAUGCGGGUCAAAAACUACCAGAAAACAUAGGUUUCAAUGAAAAUCUCGAUUGAAAGUUGAACGAGUUCUUCUGUGAGCAGAAUCAGGCCGAGUUUCGAGUUAUUACAAGCCGUUUUUUCAAUUUCAAAAUCGGUCCGAAACUUUUUUGGUAUUUAUCCUGAUGGUUUGAAUUUACCUGGGAAUGUUGGUUUUUUUCAAAUCUUAUCCAGUCCUUCUCAUUUCCAGAGACUCGACUUCCGAAGUCGAGAAGAAUUUCGAAAUGUCAAAUUAAUCGUUGGAUCAGAAAUCGGGACUGCAAUUUGUAGCAUUGGACAAACAAAGUAAGAAAAAUAGAUAAACUCAUAUGAAUUCAAUUUUCAGAGUUAUCUGCGCGGUUAGUGCUGAAAUAACCGAACCAUCUUCAAUGCGACCACAAAAAGGGGUUAUAAAUAUAGAUGUUGAUUUGAGUCCGAUGGCGAAUUAUUGUGAGUUUUUCAUUCGUUUUUCUAUUUGAUCCUGUAAAAUUUUUAGCCCACGAACAUGAUCGAAUGGGACAAAAAGGAAUGGAAUUGACACGAUUGUUAGAGUUGAUUAUUCGUGAUUCGAGAUGUAUUGAUGUUGAAUCGCUUUGUAUCCGAGCUGGAAAAGAAGUUUGGAAGAUUAAAGUAGAUGUUCGGAUUUUGGAUGAAGAUGGCUCGAUUUUAGAUUGUGCUUGUUUGGCUGCGAUUACUGCUUUGCAACAUUUCAAAAGACCAAAUGUUACACUUGAACCACAUCACACUUUAGUUGUAAGUUGAAGUAUUCAAGAGAUUUUUGAAGCAAAACUAAAAGUUUUAAUCUUAAUUGAAAUAUCUAAAACCUGUCAAACAAGUUCAAGAAAAAUAUUAAAAAUAUUUUUUUCCAUUCAUUUCUCUCAAAAUUCCCCAAUUUUUUCAGUAUUCCGAAUAUGAAAAAUCGCCAAUCCCUCUCAAUAUUUAUCACAUGCCAAUUUGCACAACAAUCGGACUUUUAGAUAAAGGGUUCGUUUUUUCUUCUCUCAAUUUUCAUCUUUAUCUUUAUUUUCAGAUCAACAAUUAUAAUUGAUCCAACUGAAAAAGAAUCCGAAUGUCUUGAUGGAACAAUUGUUGUUGCAUGCAACAAACGGAAAGAAGUUUGUGCACUUCAUCAAAGUACAAAUCUGAUUUUAACUACCAAACAAAUUGAAAAUUGUGUAAAAUUAGCAAUGAGUCGAGCGGAAGAACUUUCAAGUGUUGUUAUUGAUGUUAUUAGACAAGAUCAGAGAGAAAGGUUGGUAAAAGGGAUAAUCGGAAUGGGAAUGUAGGAAAUCCUGAAAAUUUUAUGAAAUUUAACCUUUUUUUUCAAAUAUAAUAAAAUUUUUAUUAAAAAUUCUGAAUUUCAUAUUUCAUUUCAGAAGUGCUUUCAAACGUCCAAGUGGUUUCGCGAUCACAAGUCCUGCAAUCAUUUUGAACGAGAAUCGAGUUGUUGCUCAACAAAUUCGUGCUCCAAUUAAAAUGGAAAUCGAACAAGAAGAAAUCGAAGAAGAAGAAAGUGAAAAACAAAGACAAGCUUAUCAAUCAAGUGUUAUUAUGAAUGUGGGUUUAUUUUUAAAUUAAAUCUGGACAGAGUUCAUAGGUUUCCCGAACCAACUUGUUUUAACUUACAAUUAGGCUCACUUUUUUUGCAUUAAUCUGGGAAUUUUUCUGUAAAUUAUCGGAUUGGGUGGUGUCUCGAUGGAAGAAGUAUUUUUCAAUGGGGUUCCCCCUGUUCUCAUUUUUGAAAUGUCGCAAUUGUGGACGUUUGCGGAUUUUUGGGUCAAAUUUUGUAAAUCUGGAAGCUCUUCCAGUUUUACAAAUGCAUCAUUUUCGAGCCAAUUUUCAAGAUUUUAGGCUUAAAUUGAUUGUAAUUCAUUUCGUGAUCAUCUUUUAAGUAAUAUCCAAAGAAAAUACUUUUUUUCGCUCAACUUUUUUUUUUGUUCAAAAAUUUGUAAAUCUGGAAGAGCUUCCAGUUUUACAAAUCCAUCAUUUUCGAGCCAAUUUUCAAGAUUUUAGGCUUAAAUUGAUUGUAAUUCAUUCCGUCAGCAUCUUUUAAGUAAUAUCCAAAGAAAAUACUUUUUUCGCUCAACUUUUUUUUUUGUUCAAAAAUUUGUAAAUCUGGAAGAGCUUCCAGUUUUACAAAUCCAUCAUUUUCGAGCCAAUUUUCAAGAUUUUAGGCUUAAAUUGAUUGUAAUUCAUUCCGUCAGCAUCUUUUAAGUAAUAUCCAAAGAAAAUACUUUUUUUCGCUCAACUUUUUUUGUUCAAAAAUUUGUAAAUCUGGAAGAGCUUCCAGUUUUACAAAUCCAUCAUUUUCGAGCCAAUUUUCAAGAUUUUAGGCUUAAAUUGAUUGUAAUUCAUUCCGUCAGCAUCUUUUAAGUAAUAUCCAAAGAAAAUACAUUUUUUUCGCUCAACUUUUUUUUUUGUUCAAAAAGUUGUAAAUCUGGAAGAGCUUCCAGUUUUACAAAUCCAUCAUUUUCGAGCCAAUUUUCAAGAUUUUAGGCUUAAAUUGAUUGUAAUUCAUUUCGUGAUCAUCUUUUAAGUAAUAUCCAAAGAAAAUACUUUUUUUCGCUCAACUUUUUUUUUUGUUCAAAAAUUUGUAAAUCUGGAAGAGCUUCCAGUUUUACAAAUCCAUCAUUUUCGAGCCAAUUUUCAAGAUUUUAGGCUUAAAUUGAUUGUAAUUCAUUUCGUGAUCAUCUUUUAAGUAAUAUCCAAAGAAAAUACUUUUUUUUCGCUCAACUUUUUUUUUUGUUCAAAAAUUUGUAAAUCUGGAAGAGCUUCCAGUUUUACAAAUCCAUCAUUUUCGAGCCAAUUUUCAAGAUUUUAGGCUUAAAUUGAUUGUAAUUCAUUCCGUCAGCAUCUUUUAAGUAAUAUCCAAAGAAAAUACUUUUUUUUCGCUCAACUUUUUUUUGUUCAAAAAUUUGUAAAUCUGGAAGAGCUUCCAGUUUUACAAAUCCAUCAUUUUCGAGCCAAUUUUCAAGAUUUUAGGCUUAAAUUGAUUGUAAUUCAUUCCGUCAGCAUCUUUUAAGUAAUAUCCAAAGAAAAUACUUUUUUUUCGCUCAACUUUUUUUUUUGUUCAAAAAUUUGUAAAUCUGGAAGAGCUUCCAGUUUUACAAAUCCAUCAUUUUCGAGCCAAUUUUCAAGAUUUUAGGCUUAAAUUGAUUGUAAUUCAUUCCGUCAGCAUCUUUUAAGUAAUAUCCAAAGAAAAUACAUUUUUUUCGCUCAACUUUUUUUUUGUUCAAAAAGUUGUAAAUCUGGAAGAGCUUCCAGUUUUACAAAUCCAUCAUUUUCGAGCCAAUUUUCAAGAUUUUAGGCUUAAAUUGAUUGUAAUUCAUUCCGUCAGCAUCUUUUAAGUAAUAUCCAAAGAAAAUACUUUUUUUCGCUCAACUUUUUUUUUUGUUCAAAAAUUUGUAAAUCUGGAAGAGCUUCCAGUUUCACAAAUCCAUCAUUUUCGAGCCAAUUUUCAAGAUUUUAGGCUUAAAUUGAUUGUAAUUCAUUUCGUCAGCAUUUAUUGAGCACUGCCUAAAGAAAAUUAUUUUUUUAUUAACUUUUUUCGAUGACUAAAUGUAAUUUUUAAAAAUCGGACGUUUUUUGUGAGUGGCUAAUGAUGAGAGUCUGAGUUUUGAAGUUAUAAUGAAAAUAAAAAAUAUGUUGGCUGGGGAUUAUCGGAAAUUUGGAGUGACUUCAAAAACCAGGUUCUCCUUUUCAGCCGUAAAAAAAUAUGAAACUUUCCCUUUUCCAGGAAAAUCCUCUUCGUUCUGAUGGUGUAAAACAAGAAGAAAUCGAUGAAGAACAAAUGAUCGACGAACAAUUGGCAAAUAUUCAACAAAGUGUGAAUCGUGUCGAAUUGGAUAACAAACAAUCACUUGAUAGACAUGUUAGUUUCAAAAUUUCAAUAAUAAUUUAUAAAAAUCAAAGUUUUUUAGGGAGAAAUCCAAGAAGUCGAUGAUUUGCUAGCCGGAUUAGGAGAUGAUGACGAAGAAGAGGAAAGUACUGUAGUUACUCUUGGUGAUACGGUAGACGAGGAAGAUGAAAUUGUGCUUGUAGCCAAAAAGAAGCGCUUUUGA